UCUGCUGUAUGAGCAGUGCAAGUCUUUCUUUCUAUAACGCCAUCUUUUUGUUGUUGUUCUUUUUUCUGCCUAAGUAAGUAGAAAGCAAGAGCCCUCUGAAUAGUCAAGAACAUCUCUUCUGUAGCAGCUGCAAGAGCAAGCAAAACCAAAACUACGAUCAUAGUUUUCAAGGCCAACCAAGCCGCGGGUCGAGCGAACCAGUGCAGAAGAGCGUCGAAGUAGUGGAAAGACCCACGAAGAGGAAUUAUGGAGAGCUGCGAGGAAUUUUCUCGCGAAAUGAUCCGGCGACGGGAAAAGCACGGGGCACGACGAGUUUCUGCAAAACGCGUCUCGUCGUGCCUGCAAUCGCAGGGGCAGCUUUCGCGGGUUUGUGUGCUUCCUUCGUGCGGCGCUGGCGCCCGCAGCAGACUUCUGACACUGCUUUCCCACGUUUUUCUCUUCCUUCUUGCAAAUCACCAUCUACGCCACCUCCUCGUCGCAGCGGAGCGUCCGGGUUUUCUGGCGCAGACCCCCAAGCCGGACCCGGGCAAAGAAAACGACCGUGGGGGCGGGGUCGCCCUGCAACGGGCCAUCAUCGAAUGGGACAACUACCUCUUCGACACUGCUAGUAGCAUGCUGCAGGAACUCUAUUCAAAAACGAAAGAACAAGUCGUGGCGGUGGGGAUGAAGUGGACGGCGGCGGAGGAGGAAGCCGAAGCCGGAAGCGCCAAUGGAAGCGCGUCGUCUUCAUCAAUCAAGCGCAAGCACCCGGAUGGGAGAAAGAGAUGGGAACAACAAAGCAAGGUGGAAAAACAUCAGGGGGCGAAUGACGAGGAUUUCAUACCGGCAGAAAACGAAUUCCUUGACGAACAAGAAGAUGAAGAUGCUAGUAAAAGCCAAAGCUCCGCUGUUGAAAAGAAGAAGAAGAAGAAGUUUCUGGACGAGAAAAAAAGCCAAGCCGAAGCGCAACAACGAGGCACGACUGGUUUGGGCCAACAUGAAGACCCAAAAAGACGAUCAUCGCGAGCAGGAGGCGGUCGCGGCGGAAAAAAUGACUUCUUGGGCGAGGAAGAAGAGCCCGACUUUGAUUCGAAGCCGGGUACGGGUAGUUCAUCGGGACUGCAAAAAAACAACGCAGUGCCGCAUCUUCCUCUGGGUGAACAAGGUAGAACACGACGCGAAGGUCCGCCUCCGCCGGAGGACAAGUUGGCCGCGGGUGCGACAACCUCUUCUGAUCAAGUCCCUGCUCAUGAGGUAGCUCCAGUCCGAGACGAAACCGACGAACAGAACGGCGAUUCAGCUGCGCAGUCGGCGUUGCAGGUAAAGACAGGAGCGAAGGCUUGUGAUGAGGUAAAAAACCAAGACGAGAACAAGCCCGAAGCAUCUGCAUUGCAGAACAUGAAGGACGAGAUCAAAACCUCCAAAAGCACUACUUCUCCACAACAAGCUGCAGUAUUAACGCCGAGACCAACAGCAGGAGCUGGUCGUGGAGGAGGAGGAGAAAAGGCGGAAACGUCUACCGAUGACGUACAUCAGCCUUUGUCCACCGGCGGCGGUAAAAAUGGAGGGGAGCAGCAGGAAGUAAGAGUGCAGCAGAAACAGACACAGACGGACACAACGAGUGCAAUUCCGUCCGUCGUCUUUCCAUCCACUUCGACGGCGUCGCCUGGCGCACACGAAGAUUCAUUGGAUCAUCAUCCUCAAGGAAGAACAGGAGCAACUGCAGUGAAUAAAACUAGGACGUCGAACAAUGCGAACGAUGUCGAUGCUGUCUCAGAGCUAGAGCAGGGGCAGGGACACCUCCCGGGGAAGACAGUUGUAAACACGACAAGAGUUUCUGUUUUUCUCGUCUCCUCAAGUACAACGACGACAACGACGACUAUUGAUCCUCUGACCACCACCACAGCUCCCUUCCAAGACAGUUUGCUCGACGCCCCUUCUAUCGCAGAGCCUCCCAUGAUGUUGCCGUCUGGUGAAAGUGCUGGAAGUGAUGGGCGCGCGACCUCGACGGCGUUAGUGGUGUGGACUCCUUCACCAAAAAUGUCGACCACUUCGACAUCAACGUCCACUUGGUCUUCGUCUUCAAGCAGCCCGGUCGCAGAGUGGGCCAUGGAGCAGCUGAAAGCGGCCUUGAUGUCGGACGAUGAUGUAGCGGGUAAGAUGGCGCCGGGCCAGCAUCAGGAGCACGAGAAGAAAUCUCCAGGGGCACGACUAAGAACAGCCAAAAAUAAUGCUACGGAGGAACCAGCUGAAGAGUUUUUGCAGCUCAAGCUCGCGGGAGAGCCAGUGACAGGGUUUCCUGUAUCAGAUCCGAUAGAAGUUAGCGAACUACCUAAAGGAGAAGGCACAACUGGGAGCAAAAAAUACGAUGUGUUUGUGCUUUCGGCAGCUGAGACCAUUCUCGACCCGCUCGCGAUGCCCUCGACGUGGAACCUAAUGGUGCACCAAGUACCGCUUCCCGCUGCGCUAAAGAGAGAGCCGGAAAAUGUUCCGCCUGAUGUGUACGACCCAUUGUUUUUUACGAAGGAAAUGGAAACUCGUGCAGAAACCCCGCCGGAGUGGUUUCAAUUGUCAAUCCCGGCUCUUGAUGCGACCGGGACAGCUAAGACAGCUGGCGGCGGAGAAGGUGGAAGUUUAGUGCUUGCAGAUGGAGGCGAUCAUGGAGUUGGUGAGCCUGAAAAUCUCGACCAAGCAAUUUCGGCAGCGUGGGACCUAGAAUUUUUCCUGAACUACAAGAACAAAAAGGAACACACGCGGCCAACAGAAUCUCGUGGAAUGUUGUGCGAGCAGUACAUCGCCGGGUCCGAUGAUACGUACGGAGGCAAGAACUGCCUGCGAGGUUCAGACUCAGAGGAUGAAGAAGGUGGAACUCCUACGACGUCUUGCCGUGUGAUUUUGGCACUGCAUGUCCCAAAGGAAAACAAAUGUCAGCCAGUUUUUUUCGUGCGAGAGGUUGUCUCUGAAGAUUCGUCGAAGCCAUCAACAUCAUUGGCGCGAAGGCAUCCCCUCAGCGUUCUUUCCACUAGUCAGGGGGCGACUGCACUCUACAAGGGUAGCGACGAGGACAAGUACAGGACUGCGGAGAUCUUAACACAGCAGGCCUCUAAGAUUCUUGCGGAGCAAUCCUUGGGAAGCUGGCUGCUUCGACAGGUCACGGUGCAGAAGCUAUUGUCUGCGUUUUCCUUGGUGAAAUCGUCCGCGGCUUUUCUGGCACUCGUCGCGGGAGGCGGCCUCACCUUGUGGAGUGCGGUUUUUGGGGUCGGUUCGCUGGUAUGGGCUCUGCUAGACGGAGUGGUUGCCCCACGGCUUGCGCGUCGGGAACUGUGGGGAUGGCUCGACCGAGGUAUCAACGGGCUCCCGCGCUUUAGGCGUUUUGCUGUGAAGUGGGCAGCCGACCGUGGCUGGGGGGCGCAUGGGCAUUGGCCUCACGGAAAAUUCCUGCGGCGGUUCGCAGAGGAUAAGGUGGUCCAUAAAAGCGGUACAAUGGCAACGAAGGUAGCAGCGAAGGCAGUAGCGAAGCAUCACGGGACGCUUGUCCUCGCCGCCGAAGCAGGAAGUAUCUAUUAUAGUAUGAUUGCCCCGUAUUUGUGGAGCGCAGUAUUUAAAGCAACGGCGAGCGGGAUUACCCGCGACCUGCAGAUCCAUUUGUACGACAAGAUAGCGAUGGAGGCAGUCCCUGACUUGGAAAAAUUAAAAUCAGCUGAAGUCGACGAACCACUCGACACCGAGCUUUUUCUGGGAUCGGAUGAACUCCGCGAGCUCGGCACCGAGGUGCGGAAGUCGAAAAUCUGGAAGACCAUCGUGUUGCGCCUCGGCGUCACAGUUGCUGCAAAGGAACCCGCCGACGUAUUCGCGUGGCACUACCUAGAGCUUGCAGCAAAAGAGGAGGAGCAGCAGUCUACUUCUUCAGCAAAAACUACAGCGGGUUACGCCGAUGGAGAGAUUAUAAAACUGAGCGCGCGGACAAAAGCACUGCUCGAGGCAGCGGUUUUGUCGAAGGGCGUUUCUUCUUCGGACCCGGCCGAACAACAAGAACAAAAAGACCAAAAACAAGAUGCGGAGAAAAAGUUGCGUAAUUUUUUAUGUGCAGCGCUACUCCUCCCCAGCGCGGUGCAGGUGCCGACGAGUCGUGUGGCGUGGGUAGAUGAGGGCACCCUCGACACGGGCGAGGUGGGGGGCCGGUGCUCUCUAGUUGACGGCGAUUUUACUCCCGACGCGAAGCUAGACACCAAGACCAGUCCCGGGACUAUUGCGAAAAGGCAUGCUUUGCUGAUGCGCUCCUUCGGAGGUGAUGGCGAGGGCGAACGCAUGGUCGCGCUGGGGACGGCGAUCGCCGGUGCGAUACGUACGUGGGAGAUAUUGCGUUCCGGGGAGCCGCCGAGCUGGUUUGCGGAACGACGAGCGGCUGUUAAACAUCACACCGACGGCCACGCCUGGGGUCACGGCGGUGGGGCGGCCGUGGAAGAGUAUGGUCCCCUCUCGAAUAUCCUCGCCGCGGAGUAUCGGGGGAUAAUAGUAGAAAACGUCGAAGCAGAAGAAAGUACGGUGGACGGCAUGUCCGGACUGUGGGCUACCCUGUUCCCGCCGAAGCACCCACUCUGGGACCCAGCAGGAGAUCCGGGACCAGAAGUGCGGAGGGCGGUAGAUGAUUUGUUGAGAGGCGAUGCUGACCCAGAGGCGAACGGCUCUCGCGCAAAUUUCAUCAAAACUUUCGCGGAACAAGAGGAGGUCAAGGAUGCGAUAGCGAUACUAGCUGGUGGAGUGCGAGACGAAGGGAAGAGCACUUCUGCACCAAUGCGACCACUGGAUAAGAAAGCCUCAGGCGAUGGAGAAUCGAAGGCGGAGCAGGCCGGUCAGGUGCUUGCGAGAGAGUUGGCAAAACACUACAAGACUGUGGUUCUCGAUCAGCUGUUGAAAGUACAACAACGCAUAGUACCUAUGAAGGAUUUGUUUCAGAAGACUACGGAGACACUAAAGAAAGCCGUGUACUCCAGCAAUGACGACGCCAAAGACGCCAUGGAAUUGCGUCUAAAGUUAGGCAUAUUUAGGCAACAAGAGACAACGGCGGAGACAGAGGCUGACGCUGAGACAAUGGCUGAGACCAAGAGUCUAGUUAAGGCCAUAGAAGAUGCUCAGAGAAUUGAAGAAGUAGAGGCAGAGAGACUGGAAAAACGAGAAGAAUAAGAAAUGGCGGCUGGUGCUCGUCUUCCGUGGGCGAAUCCAUGACCUUGACGUCUGGACCCAUGACAAGUGCAAGUGUGUUGGAGUCCAAUUUGGGGUACGUAUACAUAGCUUCGGCGCAAAAAUGACUGCGCCAAUGUGCAGAGUGAAAGUCUAAGCUAGCUCCUAGUUCUAUGUAACUAAAGUAUCACAAUAAACUUCGACCGUACUACCAGAGAAGUAUGCACAAAAACAGAUUUCUGCCAUAAUGCUGCGCGACGCAGGCACCGACCACUGCCUGUUUCAGUUUUGUUUUAGUUUUUUAUCUUUGUAAGAAAGUAAAUAGUUGCUUUUGUAGUAGUAUUGCGCUGUACAUAGGUGGAACUCUAAUUCGUCGAAUGCAUUUGAAUGUGAGUGCAGUUGGUAGUAGUUUCGGGAGGAAGCGGAAGCGAAGCUUCUACGCCAGAGUGAAACACUGUUGUGCCGUAGCCUUUUUUUUUUUGGAGUAGAUUUACAGGAGUACUACUGAAACUGAUGAAAAACUCCAGAACACGACCAUCUCCAUCUCACAGACUCAGUUUGUUUCUUUCACGUUUACCAUGUUAAUUUACAGACUGUUUCAUAUUCAUCUUUAUCUUUUGACGUGAACGCGAUCCCGAUCCUUAACAAUUUGAAACACCGCAAUCAAGAAGUUCGAUUCAUUGCUACCACGGCAAAUCACAAAGUGGACACGAAGUAAGAAUAACAAGUGAAGAACGAACCAAAAGAAACAGUAGAAGCGUAAUGUGAUCAACCGCCUACGCCGAGCAACAGCAACGAGAAGAAGCAAUCUUUCCCACCGUGGUAUCACAGGGGGACACAGGUGCACGAUGUUUCGCUGAGCAACCUCUCGCA